GCUGUGACCAAAAUCCUUCUGUAGAAUCUGUACUAACUGAGCAUUUCUGGAAAGGGCAAUGUAGAAUGCAUGACGUUGAAAGUAACAAGUUUUACCCCGAGAGAAAGCGCCCGCUGAGGCUGUACUGCUGUUACGGCGUGCUGCUGUUGUUGUGGCUGACUAGCGUGGCCGCGUCACUGGUUAGCCUGACUCUCACACUGCAGGAGAGACAGGCCUUCGCACACGGAAACGGGCCCGGAAGUUCAACUUCAACACAGACUGUCUCACCUGACGGCCCGGGAAGGCCCACACCAUGCACCAGCAGAGACUGUUUGCCAUGGCAACUGCCAGCUGUCGGUGACGUCAUCGAGAGGAACACCAGCUUCUACCUUCCGGUAGCGCUCCUGGCGGGCAGGACGGGACUGCAGUCUGCGACAGCGGAACCAGCCCGGAUCUACGACUGGCAGGCGGGAGGCGGCGGCGCGUCUUACAUGGCGCACGGCAUGCGGUACAGUCCGGAGGAAGGCAGUCUGGUGGUGCCGCUGACCGGGUACUACAACAUCUACUGCCAGGUACAGUUCACCCAUAUUCCACAAGAGGGCGCUCCAGACACGGGAUCGCCGCACCUGUCCUUCUCCGUGUACCAACUGCCCAGAUCACCCCCCGCCUACCGGAUCAUGACGAGCGGUGGUACAGUCCACACCGUGUUGGAAGGUGGGGCGUGGGCGAAGACAUUUUACGUGGAGGGGGUGUUCCGGCUCCAGGCGAGAGACCACCUGUAUGUGACAGUGUCUGACUUGGACAGGGUGAACCCGUACGAGUAUGCCACGUACUUUGGGGCGUUCUUAGUUUCACGGUGAAAGAUAAUCGUCCUUUUCUUUUGAUAGAAGAAAAAUCAAAGGUUUCAGAGCAACGAAAAUCUGUGUCACUAUAUAG